GUAUCGUUCCUAAAGCAUUGACUGUAGUGUAGUAUUUAAAGCCGGAGUUUUUAAUUCAUACUUUGUAACCACCAUCGUACGUGUUCAAGCCACAUUUCUGCAAUGUUUUGGGCGUAAUAAUAUUUAAAUGGCGUGCAAAACUAUAGUUCCUUCAUAACGUCAUAGCAUGCUUUCUUUGACAAUUCUUAAGUCAAAGGUCUUUUACCUACAUUUUUACAUUUUUAACUUAAGCAUUUUGCUCCAUGGUUUUUGUUUGAUUCUUGUUUUGUGUUUACAUGAUUUCAGCGUUUUUUUUUUUGUUGCAUUGGAAAGGGUUAGAAGUUUGUAAAUGCUAAGAUUAUUUUAUUCAACCAUUUUUAUGGUAUAUUGUAUAUAACUGAAUGUCCAAAUGGCAGUUAAUAAAUCUGUAAUUGUGUUAACUCCAAAUAGUAGAAGAAAAACUGUCCAUGUUACUCCUAACACAACAAUUUUACAGAUCUUGGAAGAAGUGUGCCAAAAGGAAAAAUUGCAACCAGAGGAAUAUGAUCUUAAGCACCACAGGGAAAUCCUGGACACCACAACCACCUUGCAGUUCUCGGGUCUCCCCAACAACGCUCUCCUCGAGAUGGUCCCCGUCCAGAGGGUGCGGAGGGAGUCGUCCGUGACCCUGGGCUUGCAGCUGGAGUCCGGGGACCGGCCCACUGGCACGUUCCUGCCGUCAGAUAAUCUGUGGACAGUUGUGACGAAACUGUGUCCAGAGGAAGAGGAAAGAAGUGGAAAGGAAUCCAAUCCUGUUGUCAUAUAUAUGCGACAAGAAGUAUCUGGUGUCGAAGCUCUGAAAGGAAUGACUCUCCGGAACCUAGGUCUCACUAGUGGUAGAGCCAUGUUAAGAUUUGUGCACCGCACCCCAGAGGAGCUCCGUACGCAGGCCAACGUUUCGGCUCCUUUGAAGAGAGCACAGACACCCUCCAAGGACACGGCCAGAGAGAAGCAGGCCAAGCCACACUUCGCCAGGCAGGUGGAAGAAGCAACCCUUCCCAACGUGCUCGCAGAGGGAUCCGUGGGCCUUGUAGAUGAACUGCCGCCCGCUGCUGCCGCGAUCGCAGUUACCGAAGCAGAUGCACCUGCUUGCGACGGCCCAGCGGUACGGGACGGUGCAGCGGCAGACAAGAUGGACGUCAAUGAGGAAGGACUGGAUGACGACAGGAAGGAAAGUCGUGUGCUGGCUCUAAAUGGUGGCAGUGGCGUGUGUAUGAGCGACGAUGUAAUGCCAGACGUCGGUGAAAAUGCACCGAUACUGCUGGGCGAGCGGAGUGCCCUGGUGUUUCUCUUGGAUUCUGCUCCAGAUGUGGAGCGAGAGGAGCUACCAGACAGCUUCUUUGACUUGACAGUUGAAGACGCUCGUGUCAUUUACAACGACCUUAUAACCAAAAGAGCGGAGAUGGAAGACGCACCUCUCAGCACGACUGCCAUGCGAGAGCUGGAGAAAUCAAAACAAGUCCUGAACAACCUCCAUCAAUAUCGCAAAGUUGUGUUGCGUGUACAGUUCCCAGACCGCACCGUGCUGCAAGGAAUGUUCUCCCCCAUCGAGACUGUUCACAAAGUUAUGGAAUUUGUGCGGCAGUACCUUGAAAACCCGGGAACGUCUUUUUACUUGUUCACAACGCCUCCGAAACAGAUCCUGGCACCGGAGGUUACCCUCGUGGAAGCAGGCUGUGUCCCGAGUGCGCUGCUGCACUUUGGGUGUGACACAGGUGACCUCCAAGCGUUCAUCAGGCCGGACGUUCUGGCACGUUCCUCGUCCUUCCGCGCGGCCGCGACCGCCGCUCGGUACUCCAGGAGGAAGACGUCAGAGAGGGGUCUAGCAACGAGCAGCUCUGCCAGCGAGAAACGCCCGCCAAGCCCUCAGCCUUCGACUUCCCGCCAGAGCGACGAUCCUCUGCCCGCCCGAGAUCACCAGGCUCGCGUAAGCCACAGCAAAGGCUCUUCCAAAGUACCAAAGUGGUUCAAAGCAGUUAACUAAUAUUGCCAGAUCAUAAGGCUGUAUGUACAGAUUGUGUAUUUGAAAUAAAUUUGUUUUCUAUAA